AAUGAAUGUGAGUUUCCAAGAUUACGACGGAGACACUUCUUUGCCCAACUCUCAUCCAACCGUGUGCAAGCAGGCUAUUAUUCAUACUUACAUAAUAUAUUAAUCUAUAUAUAUAAAUAUAAACCCUAGAUCGAGCGUUUGAAUCUGUUAUUGAUCCUGAUAUUUUAUUGCCCUAGACCUCUCCAGUUCACUCAUAUUCAUUUGGAACUCCGAUCACCGUAACAAUUAUCAAAUUGAUUAACUAUCAUUCCUGUUUGUGUAUCGAUCAAGUCGAAUGGCUGAUGGGCAGGUUAUAAAGCGUGCCAAGUAUAAGACUUCUGUCAAGGGCCCUGGUGUCUCAGGUGUGCUGAAGAUGACAAAGGACAAGUUUGUAUUUAUGCCUAAUGAUCCAAAUUCUUCAGCAACGAUUAAUGUGGAGUUUAGAUUAAUUAAAGGCCACAAAUACACAAAGGAGGAUUCCGGUAAACCGCCAUUACUUAAUCUCACCCAAGAUCAGGGUGGAAAUUACAUUUUUGAGUUCGAAAGUUUUUCUGAUCGAGAUGUUUGCCGAGAAUUUACAGCCAGAGCUCUUGCAAAGUCUGGAGAAGUAGGGAAAGCUAAUUCUGAGAGAUCUGCUGUUACACUUCAGGAUGAACAACUUAGCAAAGCAGAAAUGGAUCGUCGAAUGAAGCUACUGAAUGAGGAUAGCGAGUUGCAGAGACUUCAUAAACAUUUUGUGAUGAGAGGUGUCCUGACAGAAGCUGAAUUUUGGGCAACGAGGAAGAAGUUGCUAGGCGGGGAUGCCUGCAAAUUGCCAAAACAGUGGGUGGGGUUAACAAACGACAUUCUUUGGCUUGUUAAACCAUCUUCUGAUGGUAAGUCAAAUAGAGUUACAUUUAACUUGACGCCCGAGAUUAUUCAUCAGAUAUUUGCUGAGAAACCAGCUGUUCACCAGGCUUUCCUGAAUCUUGUUCCCAGCAAGAUGACAGAAAAGGAGUUCUGGACUAAAUAUUGGAGAGCAGAAUACCUUCACAGUACAAAAAAUGCUGUUGCUGCUGCAGCUGAGGCCGCGGAAGAUGAGGAGCUUGCUGUUUUCUUGAAACGUGAUGACAUAUUGUCAAGUGAAGCACGGAAGAAGAUCAGAUGGGUUCAUCCAACUUUAGAUAUUGAAGCUAAUGAACAGGAUGAUUACAUGCAUCUUCCGGAUCACGGGUUCCCUCGUGAUGGUAGCAUGGAUGAUAUGGACUCACAGUACGAGCAAUACAGAAGGUCUCUUUCGCAAUAUCUUAACCGCCAUGCGGCAGUUGUACUUGAAGGAAGAGCUAUCGAUAUGGAGUCGGGAGACACAAGAGCUGUAGCUGAAGCACUUGCCAGGUCCAAGCAGGUUGAGUCAGCCAAUGAAGCAUCUGAUGGGAAUACAAACCAGGAGCGUUUGGUUAGAAUGUCACAGAUGGCUGAGAUUGAGGAUCUCCAGGCUUCUCGUGAUCUUCCUUUUGCACCACUCUGUAUAAAGGAUCCACGCGACUACUUUGAUUCUCAACAAGCUAAUGCACUUAGAACUUUGGGAGAUACACUAGCGGGAAUGAAGCAAAUGAAAUGCAGAUUGAGCGCCAGUGAGGCGUAUGGUUCUUUAAGGGCAUGUAUUUCUGAGAUUAAAACCACUGGAUUGACUGAUCCAAUAGUUAAACCUGAAGUUGCAUUCAAGGUUCUCAAUGGAUUGACCCAGAACAUUUCAAGCACCAAGUAUCGUCUUGGGAAGAACCCGCAGGAGAGUGUUCUAGAUAGGUUGCCAAACAUCACCAAAGAGGAACUGUUAGAUCAUUGGACAUCCAUUCAGGAAUUAUUGAAGCAUUUCUGGUCAUCGUAUCCAAUCACAACUACAUAUCUUUAUGAGAAGGUAAGCAGGCUGAAGGAUGCAUUGUCACAAAUCUAUCAGAAGCUACAGGACAUCAAGGAAUCAGUACCAUCAGAUUUCAGGCAUCAAGUUUCACUCCUUGUUCAACCAAUGCUUCAGGCUCUAGAUGCUGCUUUUGCACAUUAUGAUGAGAAGCGAUCGGCGGCAAGCAGUGGAGAGAGACCCAAUGGAUUUGUCUAAGGGGAAUUUUACCCUUUGAAUGGUUCACCAAAUGUCAUACCUAUCUUCCAUCUUGUAGUGAUUAAAUACAAUUGUACAUCUAACAAAAUUUUGCUCCAAAAGAGGAGGGUUUUAGUUAUUCAGGCUGCUGAUAGUAAAAGUGCACCAUUUGUUGUUAUAUAUAAAAUAUAGUAUAUGUUAUUGAGCAAUUAGAGAGAAAAUGUACCUGAUUUUACACGUCUUGCAUUAAUAAUAGGAAUUCUUAUAGGUUUUUGAGUUUUAGUAAAAAUAAACUUUAAAGCUUUUCGCUAUGUAACUUGUCUUUCUUUUUUUUCCUUGGGAUUGUCGGCGUGGACUGAAUAGAAGUUUCUGUCGGUUUUAAUUUCA